UUGUGAUUAUUACUUGACAACAUUGUAAGAGUGUUUAGACAUUUUGGAUAAAGGUGAAGGUUGAUAAUAUAUCAAUAAUUUUAAUAUUAUUCCAUUUAAAAUUUUUGAGAAUGAGUGAUGAUGAUCGGGACAUUGAUAUCGAGAGUGAUGAGGGUGACGAUUCCGAUUCAAGGCAAAGGCAUUCUAAUAAUCAACAAUACUUCUCGCAGGCUGAAAAACGAGCUCACCAUAAUGCUCUUGAAAGGAAACGCAGAGACCACAUUAAGGACAGUUUCUCAAGUUUACGAGACUCGGUACCUUCACUGCAAGGCGAAAAAGUUGCAAGUAGAGCACAAAUUCUUAAGAAAGCAGCUGAAUAUAUACAGUUUAUGCGCCGAAAGAAUACUUCUCAUCAACAAGAUAUUGAUGAUUUGAAACGUCAAAAUAACCUUCUAGAAUCACAAAAUUCUUUUUUUCACAAAGUACGCACUUUAGAGAAAGCAAAAAUUACCGGACACUUUGCUGCUGAAUCUUGUGAAGUUUCCAAAUCUGAUUCUAUGGGAAUUGGAAAUUAUAAUGAUUCAGAAUCAGAAUCAUCAGAUAGUGAAACUGGAAGAACUAUACGUCAUCCGAAGAAAUUAAAAGUUGCAGGUCUACAUCAUUGAUUAACUAGCGAUCUGGUACACAAAUUUUGUUUUGUGUAUUUGACUUGAAACAUUAUUUUCCUAAAUUGAUCAACUCAUUGUAAGUAAUAUUAACAUACGUAUAUCAUGUAAAUGAAUGUAAGGUAGGUACUUAUUUAAAUUAAACGAAUGCUAGAUUCAUUAUCAAUAUGAAAAAUGUCAAAUAAGUUAUACCAAAUUGUUUAUAAGUCCUAGUAAAUACUAAGUAUUAGUUUUCACUUUUUAUGAGUAAAAUAGAUUUCAUGUUGAUUUAGCAAAUAAACAUGAAUUGUGUAAUCAUCAGAUAUUAAUUGUUUAUCUGAUGUGUAGUACCUGUGCAUUCUUCUAUGAAAAAAGCGACUUAGGUAAUAAAA